UCCUCCGUCCUCAUACACAUCACAAGAGCGGGGCACACGAUGCGUUGCAUUGCAUGGCUCCGCCACACACACCCCUUGCAUGUACCCCACCCACCACGGCGGCAUAAGUAUCUCCGCCGGCUACGCGCGAUCCAGGCCCGGCCGCGUGCGUGCGUGCGUGCGACGACUGCACCCAUACACACAUAUACGCGCUCUGGCUGGCUGCCUGCCUGGCUUGCGGAGCUCCGUUUCGGCCGGCCAUCUCUCGCUACGCUACGAGCGCGCGCGGCCCCCGCGCCCGUGUCUUCCCGCUGUCGACCGUCGUGUUGAUCGUACAUGCAGCUGCUAGUAGCGAACUAUAGUUGCAGACCGCAUCAGUGCGUGACAAGAGGAUAUAUAUUAUCAGACACGCACGCGAUCGCGCGGAGAUGAACCAGUGCGUGCCGAGCUGGGAUCUGGUGGACGACCCGACGGCGGCGGUAGCUGGCGGCGGAGGCGGCCUAAACCAUCAGGUCUCGACGACCGGGGGCGCGCACCGGGGCCUGCUCCUGCAGGCGUCAGCUGGAGGAGCAGGCGGCGGGGGCGCGUUCGCUCCCGUCGUCGUGCCCAUGUCGAACCAGUACUACGAGGUGGCGGAGCUGACGUGGGAGAAGGGCAACAUCUCCUCCCACGGCCUGCUCAACCGCCCGGCGCACAAUAAGUACCCGCCCGCCGCGGCGCCGUCGUCGGCUCAGCUGCAUGCCAUAGCAGGAGGAGGCGGCCGCGGCGGCGGGUCGCCAUCCGGGGACCGCGAGACGCUCGAGGCGGUGGUCGGCGAGGCGGCCGCGCGGUCGCACUUCCUCUCGCAGCCGGCGCCGCCGUGGCUGAUCGGCGCCGACGCCGUGGCGCGGGCCGCGGCGGACGCGCUAGUGCCGUGCGCCGCAAGGGCGGGCGAGUCCGCUGCAGACGGCGGAGAAGCGGGCGCCUCGAGGAGGAAGCGGCCGCGCGUGGUCGGCGACGACAGUCUGGUGGUGUGCGCCAGCCAGGGGAGCACCGCGCCUCGCCGCCGCGGCGAGAGCGCGCUGCUCACGCAGCUGGACGCCUGCGGCACCGAGGCCGACGACGUGUGCGGCUUCAGAACGACCACAACCAACAACUCCACGUCCAUGGACCGUGACGACAAAGGCUCCCCGGAUACUGAGAACACCAGCAUCGGCGGAGGGGCCAGUGAUUCGCGCUGUUUCAGCCGUCGCUCACAGAGAGACGGCUUAUGCGACGACGACGAGGAGAACGUGGUGAUCAACGGGGACGACGGGGCGAUGAGGUCGUCGAUUUCCACCAAGAGGAGCCGGGCUGCUGCGACCCAUAACGAAUCUGAGCGUAAACGAAGGGACAGGAUCAACCAGAAGAUGAAAACGCUGCAGAAGCUCGUCCCGAACUCGAACAAGCAGACAGACAAGGCGUCGAUGCUGGACGAGGUGAUCGACUACCUGAAGCAGCUGCAGGCGCAGGUGCAGCUGAUGAGCCGGAUGGGAAGCAUGAUGAUGCCCAUGGCGAUGCCGCAGCUCCAGAUGUCGAUGAUGGCCCAGAUGGCACAGAUGGCGCAGAUGGCGCAGAUGGCCCAGAUGAACAUGGGCUCCCUCGGCCAGCCGGGCUACGCAGGCCUCACGCCGCCCAUGAUGCACCCGCCCCCCUUCGUCCCCGUGUCCUGGGACACCACCGCCACCGCCACCACCUCCCUCGCCCCGCAGGCCGGCAGCGGCACGGUGCCAGCGGACGCCUUCUCCGCCUUCCUAGCUUGCCAAGCGCAGCAGAACGGGCAGCAGCAACCGGGUAGCAUGGAGGCGUACAAUAGAAUGGUGGCGCUGUACCAGAAGAUGAACCAAACGCAGCAGAGCGCGCCCAGCAACCCGUCCAAGCAGUGAGCAUGACAUUCUUUCCUCUCAAUUGAUGAGGCCUGGAACUGUGUAACAGAGGUGUGAAACCCGUCGACGCGGUACCUGUAGCAUCAUGUAUUUGUUUUGGUUCUUGACCACUCUAUCCUUGUAUAUAAGGAGACCAGACGUUGCGCAACCGUUGAGCGGAGACCAACUCCAGCAGACUCUCUCUCCGUAUCCGUAUUUAGGACGGCCAACAGUUUCUCUCUCCUCUCCGUAUCCGUCUCCGUUUCUAGCAGACUCCGUAUUUACACUCCGCAUGCAGUCUAUGACAGCUGGGGCCCGCGAGCAGGAGGUGGCGCAUGCAGUCUUCUGCAGAGAGGAGAGAGAAAUCGUGGAAAAAGGGAGUGCAGGUACACGGUGUCUGUUUUGCGGAGACAGAUGUGGAGGCUGCUGGAGAGCGAAAUAGUGACUCAGAGCGUGUAUAAUGCGGAUGCGGAGUGGGAUGGGGAGUGUAGCUGGAGUUGGUCCCAGAAGCACCGGAAGUCGAACAGGUGAUGAAGGCGAUGUCACGCAAGUAGUAGUAGUGUGUACGGUACUAAAGACUUUAUUUAUUUCUGCUGGCAAAUGAGUGCAGAUUAGAUAAAUCAACCCAAGCACGAUUGAAGACCAUUAUCUGAUUGCUUAACUUGUCAAUCAUUAAUCCUACAUCUCAAUUUUUAGG